AUGACAAUAGAGCUAGAGGAACCCCCUCUCACACAAGACAACACCCAAGUCUACAAGGACCUCUUCGGAGGUACCAUGGGAGGUAUUGCUCAGGUUUUGGUCGGCCAACCAUUCGACACUGUGAAGGUUAGAUUGCAAUCUGCUCCAGAGGGUACUUAUUCUGGCGCUGGAGAUGUGAUCAAAAAGCUUUUGGCAAACGAGGGUGUCGGUGGAUUCUAUAAAGGUACUUUGACCCCUUUAAUUGGAGUUGGAGCCUGUGUUUCUGUUCAGUUUUCGGUCAAUGAGUCCAUGAAGAGAUACUACGACCAGAAAACAGGAGGAAAGCCGCUCUCGCUCUUGCAAUUCUUCAACUGUGGUGCUGUGGCUGGAUUUGCCAAUGGUUUCUUGGCUUCUCCAAUCGAACAUAUUCGUAUUCGUUUGCAAACACAGACUGGCGCUACUAAAGCUUUCACUGGUCCUAUUGGAUGCUUCAAGAGCAUCUACGCCUCCAGUGGACUCGCCGGUAUUUACAAAGGUUUGCUUCCUACGCUUUUCAGAGAAAGUGUGGGUCUUGGUAUUUAUUUUGCUACCUACGAGGCGCUCAUUGCCCGUGAGUUGGCUAAGACUGGUUUGUCGAGAGUAGACGUCCCAGGAUGGAAACUCUGUAUGUUUGGUGGAUUGUCGGGUUACACCCUUUGGAUCGGAAUCUAUCCUGUCGAUGUGCUUAAAUCAAAAUUGCAGACUGAUUCCUUGACUAAACCUUCCUACAGAGGUUCCAUCGAUGUGGCUAGAGAUAUUUUCCUGAAAGCAGGCAUCAGGGGCUUUUACAAGGGUUUCUUGCCUACGAUUUUGAGAGCUGCACCUGCAAAUGGUGCUACAUUUGCUGUCUUUGAAUUGACCAUGAGAUUGAUUAAUUAA